CAGCUCAACUACCUGGGAGUCUCACGUCCUCUCUGCACUCUGGACCCUGACUUCACCGACAUGAAAACUCAUUACUUUCUCCUGGUGAUGUUAUUUUUUCUCUUCUCCCAGAUGGAGCUGGGUGCUGGCAUUCUCACAAGUCUUGGACGCAGAACAGAUCAAUACCGAUGCCUCCAAAAUGGAGGAUUCUGUCUCCGCUCCAGCUGCCCAUCUCAUACCAAACUACAAGGAACAUGUAAACCAGAUAAGCCCAACUGUUGCAAGAGUUGACAGUGGUUUGAAGAAUGGACAUAAAGGACAAGCAAGGGAUUGUAAAAUUAGUAUUUUAAUAAAUGAAAUGUUUUUGAAGUUUAUUUACAUCAUCUCAAAAUAAAUUUUAUGCCUCAGUUUAGAA